AUCAGCCAGAGGUGUGGAGGAACUGCACCAAUCAAAACCGAGACCGCUUUUCCAAAAAGAAUGUCCAAUUUUAGUUUUCAAUAAGAGAACUACGUAACACAUAUGUAUAUCGCGUGUCUCAUGCUCGAAUGUCGAAAGUGUUAACCAGAUAUAAAAAUUGAACAAGUAUUACGAGUCGCGAUAAAUUAUUGUAUAUGCAGUAGUCUGCAAACAGAAAAUUUUUUGCAUCAUCGUGUAAAAAUUUAGGCUCCCAAAUUAUUACAAGCAUAUUCUCGUGAUUGUGAGGAAAAAAAUCAAUUACGUGAUUUUCAACACUCUAGUCUACAUUCUCGAAUAAUUUGAAAUGUCCACGCGAUAUAUAAAAAAAAUUUAUGGCAGCGAUAUAAUUAUUGAAAAGGAAAAGGAUGACGACAGUGCAAGUGAUAAAGAAAUUUCGGUGACCAAUGAUACCAAAUCCAAGUCUUUCAACGUCUUUGAUGUGUUAAAUCAGAGCUCUGACAGCAAUGAACAAGAUACCAGUGAUAAACAAGACGAAGCUUUGGAUACCAACUCUGUAAAUCGCAAUGAUGCGAAAUCUGGAAAAAAGAAGAAAAAGCGUAAGAAAUUAGAGAACAAGAAAGCCAAGAGUCAACAACAUGAUGUGGAAUGCGAUGAAGAUGAGAUUGAUCGAAGCAUAUGGGAGGUGAACAAAUUACUUGGAGAACCUCUACCGAGUUGUAGUAGUCAAGUUUUAGAACCACAGUGGAUCAAUCAAAAAUCUAAAGAAAAUAUAUUGACUAUACAGCACAAACACUUGAAUCCAUAUAAUGAAUUAAAGAGAAUCUUUGGUAGUAAAACUGUGCAAGCUGAUCGAAGCAAAAGAAAAAGUAGAGGUCGUGUUGGACACUUGAAAAAGACAUGGUUGGUUUCCCCACGAGAUAAUUGGCCACCGAUUGGUAAAUCUGGAUUAACAAUGUCCUUGGAUAAUUCUGUAGAGACUACAGGGAAUGUACAGUAUUUUGUAUAUGAACAUAGUACUUCAUAUAAACAGAUACAAUUAAAAUUCUUGCAAGCUGUUGAAAGUUUAAAUCCAGAGAACAUAAUUAGUAUAAUAAACAUACAUUCUUAUCAUGUAGACGCUCUCCUGCAAAUAGCUGAACUGUGUAAAUUGAGUGAGGAUUUACCAAUGGCAGCUGAAUUUAUAGAACGAGCUCUAUAUUGCUUAGAAUGCGCAUUUCAUCCAUCUUUCAAUGUAACAACUGCACAGUGUAGAUUAGAUUACAGGAAACAACAGAAUCGGGCACUUUUUAUAACUCUUUUUAAACACAUUGGAUUUGUUGGUGGACGAGCUUGUUAUAGAACAAGCUUGGAAUUUUGUAAAUUACUUUUGUCAUUGGAUCCUGAAGGUGAUCCACUAGCAGUGGUAUUGUCCAUUGAUUUCUAUGCCUUAAGAGCUAAGGAAUUUGAAUGGUUUGUAGAAUUUUGUGAUCUGUGGGAAAGUUCCAGAAAUCUAACUCAAUUACCAAACAUAGCAUAUAGCUUGGCCUUGGCUCACUUUCGUUUGGGAAAUAAGGAUGAGGCUGAUAAGCUUCUACAAAAUGCUCUUAUAAUGUUUCCAGGUGUAUUAAUACCCUUAAUUGAGAAAUGUAAUAUACAAACAGACGCCAAGGUAAUGCAUCAUGAUUUCUUUAACUCAAAAGCUCAAACUAGUACAUCCCCAGCUUUAGAGAAGCUACAGAAUUUGUAUAUAGUGCGUAGCUUCCAUCUUUGGAAGGAGACAGAUAUUUUACCAUGGUUAGAAGAAUGUGUACAUGCUAUGCUAAAUCGAAUUGAAUCUAAAGAUGAAUACAUCAAGUACUGUCAAGUAAAACGUAGCAAACGCUAUCAAGGCAGAUUACCAAAAAACAUUUUGAGACACAUUAUAUUAGCAGACAUGAAGGAGGUCAUAGUUAAUGUCCAAGAGAUUCAGAAUGAGGGUCCAGUGUUGUCGCACGAUCCAUUGCCACCAAUAGACAGCAUCGAUAUUUAUAAAAGGCCUGUAGCAAAUGACAGAAUAGCUCAAAACAGUUCAAAUUUUCUUUCUCUCUUCUUUUCUUCGCUAUUCACGGACAUCGAUGGCGCAGCUGCUGCUUUAAAUGGUUUAAAUAUAUUUGAGGAAAAUGAUGACCAUGCACAAUAACUUUUCCUAUUGUAUGUGUCAACUUCAUGAUGGUAAGAAGAUUAUAUAAAAUGUGCAGUUUUAAAUAAUAUAUAACGUAUAAAAGAGAAAUUGCAAGUAAUUUAGGACAGCUCAAUAAAAAGAUAAUUUCAGAAUUGGA